UAAGUUUGCUGUGUUGGGAACUGAUCUGUAUAAACAUGUAUGUACACGGAGCACGUGCGCUGGAGAGUCUGUGUCGCUCCCAGAUGACAAAGCGCUCCAUCAGCAGACAGGUCGGUCGCGGCUCAGCCGAUGCAUCUGUGGAGCGGUGGGAUUUUCUCAGCUAUAAUCGCGUCGGGCGCCGAUAAGAGAGUUCCACGGGUUCAGUGUGAGGUGUGUUUGGGGAUUCCAGACCCACUGAGGAGGUAUAAGAGCUGCGCUGGCCUGACACGUCCCACAGACUGACAGGAUGCUGAAGGCAGCAGUCCUCCUGCUGCUGCAUGCAGCGUACGUUUUUGGAUGUGGAACUCCUGCUGUCAAGCCUGACGUCGGCAGGGUGGUGAACGGGGAGGAUGCUCGUCCUCACAGUUGGCCCUGGCAGAUCUCGCUGCAGGUGAAGCACGGCAGCCGGUACCAUCACACCUGCGGAGGGACUCUGAUUGGACCCCGCUGGGUGCUGACCGCCGGACACUGCAUCUGGCCCGGAGACGUUUACCGCGUGGUGCUGGGGGAGCACGACAUGAGCCAGCAGGAGGGGAGCGAGCAGGUCCGCGACAUCCUGCGCAUCAUCGUCCACCCGAAGUGGGACAUCGAUCACGUGGCCAAUGGUAACGAUCUUGCCCUGCUCAAACUGGACAAGAGCCCCGUUCUGAAUGACAGCGUUGGAGCAGCCUGUCUUCCAGAGGCAGAGGAGAUCCUGGCCCAUGGCACCGCCUGCUACAUCUCUGGCUGGGGCAACCUCUACACACACGGCCCCAUGCCUGAUAAGCUGCAGCAGGCCUUGCUGCCUGUGGUGGAGCACAGCGUGUGCAGCCGCAGCGACUGGUGGGGCAUCAACGUCAAGAGCACCAUGAUCUGCGCCGGGGGAGACGUCGUCGCCGGCUGCAACGGAGACUCUGGGGGUCCUCUCAACUGCCUGGGUGGAGAUGGCAGGUGGUACGUCCAAGGCGUGACCAGCUUCGUGUCCUCCCGCGUCUGCAAUGAAGCGAAGAAGCCCACUGUCUUCACCCGCGUGUCCGCCUUCACCGACUGGCUCAGUGAAGUCAUGCUGCAAUACUAAGAAUCCACUGCUCAGCUCUCCAGGUCCACUGCUCCCUGUUCACGGACACAGAGGAGUCCAUCCAUGAUUACAAAACAUUAAAGAAGCAAUAUUUCAGCGAUAUAACUAUUAUUACAAUGACACCUGCAGGCUUUAUAAAGCAUUAGUUAAAAGAGUAAACAGCGUCCUUGCUCCUCUGUAAAACAAUGCACAGCUCCACCUCGCAUUGUAUUACACUCCUCCCACGGUGAGAGAUGGCCCAUCAGCCCGCGUGGAAGACUUAUGAAUCAGUCCUCGCUAUCAGUCAUGUCCAAGGUCGAGCAGGUCUCAGCACCGGUGAGCACUGUCUGGUCCUGAUGCAACGCCUCAGAUGAAUGACAGCGGUACAGUCCAGUCCAGUACGUCGUGUGUGUGUAUUUACACACAGAUGGAAUGUUUGCUUCACUUACCAACAAAACACACUUUAAAUUAUUAAUAUUAUACUGCAAAAUAAACAUUAUAAAUAUUAUGAGACCAAUCAAAAAUAAACACAUUUACCUCUCAUCAA